AUGGGCCGGUCCCGGCUGCGGGUCUCGCACCUGCUUGUGGGUGUGCUAUCUUUGCUCUUUCUGGCCAGCCUGUGGGAUCUACGCCUGCGUCUUCAAGCCACAUCAAACGUGGCCAGCAUCAACGUGAACGCCCCGCGACCGGUUCCUUUCCUGCCUUUUGCUCAAGAGCUGCAGCGACUGCCCGUUGCACUACUUGAUGCGACCAAACCUCGGCGAUUGGUAAUCGGAGUGCCAUCAAUGCGUCGGGCUGGAUCUGGAAGCCGCUAUCUUACUCAGACCCUCGAGUCCCUCUUCAAGCAUCGUAGCUCCGAGUAUGAGGACAAGGUCCUGUUUGUAGUUCUGCUCAGCGACAUCUCCGCCUCUGACCGGGCUCAGACUCAACACGAACUUCGGACGAACUUUGCCCGCGAGCUCGAACGCGAUUCUCUGCGCAUCCUAGAGGCGCCGAUAGACAGCUACCCCCAGGACCUUGGUGCCGAGCCCUAUGCGUUCAACGACACAACGGAACGGGCUGGCUGGCGCCAAAAACAAUGUUUGGACUACGCUUACCUCCUAAGUUAUGCGCACAACUUGGGCGAGUAUUAUUUGCAGCUGGAAGACGAUGUUUUUACAGUGCCCGAGUAUCUUGAGGCCAUCUUUGACUUUGCACAGCUAUAUCGCAAGGAGCCGUGGACGGUGCUCGAGUUCUCCAUGCUUGGCUUCAUUGGACGCUUAAUGCAUUCGCGUGAUCUUCCUCAACUGGCUCGUCUAUUUCAGGAGUAUUAUCUCUACCAGCCCGUGGACUUGUUGUUGGGCUACUUUCAACUCUUGACCCGCUCGAAGGCCUAUGUGCAUGUCCACUUUCCCACGCUGUUUCAGCAUGCAGGCUUCAACUCGUCUCUCUCGGGCAAAUAUCAGCCACUGACGGAUCCCAUGUUCAUGGGCAGUGCUGAGCGCAAGCGUUAUGCCUCUACUAAUCCCCCAGCUGUUGUUUCCUCAAGCAUGGCCGUGUGGAGCGAGAACUUUGGCCCCUCAGCCUGUUAUGGCUCGCAAGCAGGGUCGUUCUGGGCAGCGGGUGUUCGUGCAAAUGACCAUGUCACGCUGUCCUUUCCCCAACCCAUGUCCAUUCAUCAAGUGUUCGUGGACACUGGAAGCGAUGCCGGCGCGCUCGGGGUACUCGAAUGCCAGCUGCCAGGACAGACAGCGUAUCGGCAUCUAGCCGAUGUUAAUCACGGUCGCAUCAGGUAUGCGGCAGCUGCUGGUAUGGGAUUGAAAUGUGCUUCGCUACGCCUCAGAGCCACGGUUGGUCAGCACACCUGGCUGAAGAUCCGCGAGAUUGCUGUAUGGACCUGA